AGCGUGCAAGACAAGCAGAGCAAGAGACGACAGACAGACAUACAGACAUCAUCAUCAUCAUCAUCAUCAUUGCGCUGUGGACGUUGACUCCAACAGUUUCGUCGUUACACUUGUUCAAGUCAAAACUCGGUUCAACUCUAAAACAUCACUUGUCACGAUUCAAGCUCGCUGCUGCUUCUGAUAUAUAUACAUAUAUAUAUACACUUUGUAUAUAUCCGCAGCCAUGGCCCCUAUCCCGUUUCACCUCGAGCCCAAGUCCUUCACUCCCCCGACCAAGACGCGGCCCAUGCGCAUCAUCUUCGUGAGCGGCAGCGGGCGCAAGUCGAACCCCAUCUUCCCGGCGACGUUUCUGCGGCUGUCGUACCGCUUCGCCGACGUCAAGCUCUGUAACGAGGAUGACGACGACGAAGAUGACAGUGGCGUCGAGGUCUUCAGCCCAGACGUUAUCGUCCCGCGCGAGAUGAUGCUCGUGGAGAGGUACGACGACGAUGACAGCAACAACAGCAACAAUGACGACGACGACAUCAACGACAACAACAACCAGGACGGAGGGUCCGACGACGACAAUGACAGCAGCAGCAGGGACAGUCGCCGCGGCGGUGGCCCGUCGCCGCUGGCCCUGUACGCCAUCGAGGUGCCUCGCGACCACAUCCCCCACGUGCCGAGCUGCAAGCCCGAGGACGCCCACGCGGACGUGACGCUCUACGCGUGGCGCCAGGACAGGUACCUGGGGCAGUGGGCGGUCGGGCGGAUCAAGGGGCUGGGCCACGGGGCGAAGAAGGUGACGGUGGUGCGGCGGCAGGCACAGGCACAGGCACAGCAGAAGCAGCAGAAGCAGCAGGGACGACGGCCGAGCAGCGAUGAGGGCGAGUGGGAGCGCGUCUGAGUCAGUUCAGAGUCAGAGGCGUGUAUACUCUAAAAGAAGGUAGG